AUGACUGCCCUAAAGGACCUGCUUGCGGCUGCGAGGAGGAGCCGCCGGAGCGCUAUUCGAGAGUCCCGGGUCACGGCCCGCCCGCCGGAGUCACCGCCAGGCCUCCCCAAGAGGCGCCCGCGCUCCUGCUGCCGGCCGCCCACCGCCCAGACCCUCCGCCACGUUCGCAGCCACCUGCCGCGGGCCCGACGCCAGGACACGAUGCUUUCCGCGCUGGUGCUCUCGACGUUGCUGCUGCUGCUGCGGUGCCCCGCUUGUGAAAUCCUGCUCAGUGAGGGCACAGCUGCCUCAACCAAGCCAACAUCUACUGCCCAAGCCACAGAAAAACAAAUCAUAGCCUCAUCAGCCACCAGUAAAGCUGCGACUUCAUUGGCAGGCAAGGAAAUCACAACUACAACACCUAACAUCUUAAACCAAAGGUCACUCUCAGCCCAGCAAAGCACGACUAUAGCAGCUAGUGACAGCAAGACACCAUCCUUAGACAGCUCUGCUCUACUUCCUAAAGACCUAAAGGAUUCUACCACCACAUCAACCACUGUCUCGACAAAGCCUGGAACCACAAGCAUCUAGAGUGGAACUAAACACAGUACAGCAUCACCUGGAACCCACAGUGGCCACAGCAUGAUCACAAACACAGUGACCUCUGAGAAAGGAAAUCAGGCAGCCUCUGAACCUCAAAAUCCGACCUCAGGCAUCACUGUUGUGCAUCUUUCCUUGACCACCCCAGCAAGCACUCACUAGCCUGCCACAGUGCCUGGGACUACAGUCCCUACUACAGUCCCUACUACAGUCCCUGGGAGUUCAGAGCCCACACAGCACUCCCCCAAGGGACCAAACGAAAGUAUUGCAGCUACAAGUUUCAGCACGAUGAUGACGACGGUGGGUCCCACCUUCACAACUCGGAGUCUGACUCCGACUCCGGGGAUACCAACCACGCCAUCUGCACUAUCACCAAGAACUCUGCACACCCCCGCCGAGACGCCAGCUGUUACCAGCACCUCUGAGCCUCUGCAGCCUACAGGCACUUCAUUGGGACCCAGGACCACGUCUCCUGUCAGGUGACCCACAAGCUCCAUUGCUCAGUGGGCGUCAACUGCCCCCCAAGACUCCAGCAUCCCUUCUCCCACCUUCUCAGUAAUUCGAGCAGAUGUGGGACAGAUAUGUUGCUAUUCUCCUGAAAAGCCGAAUGAGAAGACGCUCGUCCUGAAUGUCUCGAAAACUGACAUCUCGAAAACCGACAUCUGUAAUGCAAUCGCUUCGAAUGACAAACUGGUCACACUUCUGUGCCGAGCAGCAAAAGCCUCCUUCAACCCAGCUCAUGAUGAGUGCCAUGUACAGCUGGCACCCUUUCCAGGAACCCAGGAAGUGGCAGUCAAACAAAUCAGUAUCCUCACAAAUCUCCUUCCCACGGAUGUUUAUGAAUUCCUGAAAGACAAGCGGGAUGAGCUGAAAGAGAUGGGAGUUAGUGACAUGCAGUUUCACGGUCAAGGACCACCAGAAAAGCCUGAGGACAGCUUCAGCAUGCCUCUCAUCAUCACUAUUGUGUGCAUGGCAUCCUUUUUGCCCCUGGUUGCGGCUCUCUGUGGCUGCUGCCACCAGCACCUCUCCCAGAGGAAGGACCAGCAACGACUAACAGAGGAGCUACAGACGGUGGAGAAUGGUUACCAUGACAAUCCAACACUGGAAGUGAUGGGGACCUCAUCAGAGAUGCAGGAGAAAAAGGUGGUCAACCUUAAUGGGGAUCUGGGGGACAGCUGGAUCGUCCCUCUGGACAACCUGACCAAGGAUGACCUAGGUGAGGAGGAAGACACACACCUCUAA